GGGCACAGGAACGUUACUUCUGCUUCGUAACAGAGCUCUGUGCUCGGCUGCAGCCACGGCACCCGGUGUCCUCCCGGUGCCCACCCGGUGGCUCUCAGACCCCUCCCUGCCCGGACCGACGUGCUCUGUGAGUGAGUUCCCACCUCGUGCUUUUGGAACGCCGGGGAGAAGCGCAGCGUUUGUGCAGGGCUGGGGGUUGUGGCACGUGUGUUCAGAGCUGUGAAGGAUUGGGGUUGGAGUAUCUGAGUCGGGAAAGAGACCCGGGAUUAAAUAUUGACGCCGGGGGUUGAAUACUGAGAUGCUGCUAAGCCUACAGGGAGCUUCUUCGGGUGGGUAUGGAGCGGGGAAGGAGGGAUGAGGGGAUGCUGAGGCUUAAAGCGAUGCAAGGACUGGGCUGCUUCUGCACAGAAAGGAGGUGCUCUGUGGCGUUUUGUACUCAGGCGCCCCUUGAGAAGGGCUGUGCUGCCCGGCAGUGCCCGUGGGCAGGGAUUUGUGACUGUUUAACACAAAUCAAUGCACAGAGAUGGUCUCAGUGCCGAGCGGAGCAUACAGGGCCCACGCACAGUGGCCGUGCUGCUGAGAUGCACCCCCUGCCGUGCUCCCAUGGGGGUGGCUGUGUCCUGCUGCCCACAGCAGGUUGUUAAAGCAGUGCCAUCCAGGUAAAGCAGCACGGGAUAGCGGGGAUUUGACCCUCGUGCCUAAGCAUUAAUUAUUUUCAGAGCUGAGAGGAUUUGUUUAUUGAAGUGUCUGUGUUAUAUGAGCGUAAAGUCGGAAUCCACAGCAGGGAGAGCUUUCUCUGUGUGCUGUGCAGUGGUUGAUGUUUCCAUGUCGGUGCUCUGGGUACAGUUGGGCCCAUUUGCCUCUCUGCACUUCACACUUCCUGCUAUGGUAAAAUGAAACAAAGGCAAAUUAGAAGCUUUAAAUAUGAGGUAAUUGGGUAUUUCAUGUGCAGAUGGAGUGAAUAUUUGCACUUCUUGUUAUCCAGUCCUGUGACCUCUCUUAUGACAGAAGUUAAGGCAAAAUACAUGGCUCUAAGAAGGGAGGCUCCAUGAAAAGCCUGUACUCGUGCAAGGACAGGAGGCCUGAUUUAAUUACAGGAGAUAUUUCCUAGCUGGCAAUACUUCACAACGGGUCCACGGCCUCAGGAGCUCGGGCUGCUGAUGGUUUGGGUCACUGCAACGCCCAUCCUCACCGCCUCUCCUUUUCUUCCUGCUCUUUGGUGAGAGCUCAUUAAGGGCAAUGGGAACAACGUGCAGCACAGAGUCAUAGAGCAGAACCUCAGAUCCACUCAGGUUGGAGAAGCCCACUAUGAUCACCAAAUCCAACCCAACCUCUCACCCACACCGCAUCCCCCAGCACAGCUCUGAGACCCACAGCUGGGAAAUGGGCACAGGGCGCUCAUCUCUGGGGCUGCAACGGAACCAAAGGUUGAGGAGCUGAGCUGGGUGGAUCUCCUUUUGCUUUCCUUGUCGGGUGGAUCUCCUUUUGCUUUCCUUGUCGGGUGGAUCUCCUUUUGCUUUCCUUGUUGGACGGAUCUGGUUUUGCUCUCUUUGUUGGGCUCAUCCACCCAUGCAGCUCUGGGCAGCCCUGUCUGAACACUCCAUUUCUCUGCACAGAGUUAACAGAGCUUUAUACGCUGACGUUGUGGAGACCACAGAAACGUUCCAUGUGUGGUGGUGGCACAGAUAGAUAAUAAUGGGGUGAACGUGGCUGCGGUUGACACCUCCUGGCCGUGCUGUUACCAAACCAGUGGGAAUGGGCUCUGUCCCUCCUGGAGCCGCUCCUGGGUUGUGUGCAAAGCAGAGAAAAGAUGUUCAGAUCUGUAAAAAAAAAAAAAAAAAAAAAAAAGAGGAAAAAGAGAAAGAGGAAAGGAAGGAGGAAGGAAGCGGACGGCUGUGACAGCGUGAGGAGGGUGAAGCCCGGAAGCCAGCCUGCAGCUGCAGGGCUCUGCAGGCUCCAGCAUCCCAUGGGAUCCUCAUCGCAGCUCCCAGACUCACAGAGCAGUAUGGACCUCAGCAAUCCCCAGGAGCAGCCCAAGGCCGCAGAGGGACAGGAGGUGCUGGAGGAGUGCGACCUGAGCAAAGGGCAGGAGGUGGAGGGUGCGGAUAACGUGGAGGAGCUGAAGGAGCACAGUCAGUCCAACGGAGAAGCAGGAGGUACAGUGGGAAUGGCACGCAGUGAUGACGUUAAAGUGAAAAGUGAAUAUGGAGACAGAGAGGAGAGUGCUUUAAAUUCUGAGCGCAUGGAAAACCCAGAAGAAUCCGAGCUGCCUUACGCCUACCCCAGAGAAUACAGCGAAUACGAAGGCAUUAAGCUGGAAAGACACCUGGGCUCCUACGACAGCGCCAGGCCAGCGAGUGGGAAGAUGACCUGUGAUGUCUGCGGCUUAGCCUGCAUCAGCCUCAAUGUCUUGAUGGUUCAUAAGCGUAGCCACACCGGUGAGCGGCCAUUCCAGUGUAAUCAGUGCGGAGCUUCCUUUACUCAGAAGGGUAACCUCCUCCGCCACAUUAAGCUACAUACAGGGGAAAAACCUUUUAAAUGUCAUCUUUGCAGUUAUGCCUGCCAGAGGAGGGAUGCGCUAACGGGUCACUUAAGGACACAUUCUGUGGAGAAGCCCUACAAGUGUGAGUUCUGUGGCCGGAGCUACAAGCAGAGGAGCUCUCUGGAGGAGCACAAGGAGCGGUGCCGCACAUACCUGCAGAGCACCGGCGGCUGUGAGCCGGCCAACGUGGAGGCCAGGCACAUCAAGGCUGAGAUGGGGACCGAGAGAGCCCUGGUGCUGGACAGGCUGGCGAGCAACGUGGCGAAGAGGAAAAGCUCCAUGCCCCAGAAGUUCAUUGGUGAGAAGCGGCACAGCUUUGACGUCAAUUACAACUCGUCCUUCGUGUAUGAGAAGGAAGGCGACAUCGUGCAGGGCCGCAUGAUGGACCAAGCCAUCAACAACGCCAUCUCCUUCCUGGGGGCCGAAGCCCUGCGCCCUUUGGUGCAGACCCCCCCGGCGCCCGCCCCGGAGAUGGUCCCCGUCAUCAGCCCUCUGUACCCCAUCGCUCUGCCCCGUGCCGACGUGCCCAACGGCGGCGACGAGAAGAGCCACGUCCCGCUGCGGGAGCGCGCCCUGUCCCCCAACAACAGCGGCCACGACUCCACGGACACGGACAGCAACCACGAGGAGCGGCCCAACCCCCCCUUCCCGCAGGGUCCGGUGCUCCCCGUGCCCCGCAACGGCCUGCCAGCCCUGAAGGAUUUCCCCCGGCCCUUCGACAUCAUCAAACCGCCGGCCAUGUGCCCGCGCGACGCCUUCAAGGUCAUCAACAAGGACGGGGAGGCCAUCGGCGCGUACCGCUGCGACCACUGCCGGGUGCUCUUCUUGGAUUACGUCAUGUUCACCAUCCACAUGGGCUGCCACGGCUUCCGCGACCCCUUCGAGUGCAACGUCUGCGGGUACCGCAGCCACGACCGCUACGAGUUCUCGUCGCACAUCGCGCGCGGGGAGCACCGCGUGCUGCUCAAAUAGGGGGGCGCCUCGCAGGGCAUCGGCGGGACGGGACCCCCCUGGGCUUACGGGGCUCAAACCAGCGUCGUCCCCCGCGUUUUUCUAUGCCAGUUUUUCAAUGAGUGCCAAAAGGAGACGACGCCUUCGUGUUUUCUAUUACUUUUUUUUUUUUUUUUUUUUUAACGAGAUUACUCAGUGUUUUGUAGCAUCCGUGCCCGGCUGCUGUGCCGAGAGGUGCUGUUGUGGUCACCAGAGGCACAGACCGGUUUUUCUACGAACUCUGUGAAAAUUAAGAGCCUUUCGAGGCGUUUUGUAUUCCUUUGACGUGCGUUUGUUCCCGUGGUGUGUGCUUUAACGGCACGAAAGGCUUUUCGUUCCCCGCUGCCACCCGCUCUGCUUGGUCAGAUGUAUAGGAAGGACUUCUUGCUGUUACGGCCCCGAUGGGCUCAUCACCAGGACACAGAAGACUUCAGCUGGGAGGGGUUGUUCAUUCAUUUGUAGAGGCUUUCCCCACGUCUGAAGCGCACGCGGUCCCAUCCCAUCCGCCUUAUCCCUCACCGCUCUGCCCGCUGUCUUUGGAGCCCUCCCCACGUGCACCUUGCUCAGAGCAAAAGGAGCAGCCAAACCCAGCUUUGGGGCUGGGGUUGUGUCAGCAACGCGUUCGGGAUGCCCGGCUGGCUCUCCACGUGGGGAAAUCCCCAUUUCCGUGGAUGGAAAGCCCUGACGCGUGCCAUGAAGGAGGACGAAGCUGCAGCGGGGCUCAUGGCCGCGCUGUGCCCUCCGUGCCCCCACGGCCACCAAACAGAGCCACCCAUUCUGCAGCAGCACCAGGAGAUCUCAGCACACGAAGGUGGGAGUGCGCAGCUCCACCGCACCGCCUGGUUGGACGUGGGGAUCUCCCUGGGGGUGAAAGGCGCUGCUCUGCACCACAGGCAUCCGUGAUGACUUUGAGGCUGGUUUGUAAGAUGGUCCUUCUCAUCUAAUCACUGCUCUGCAGCUGUACCAUUAGUCACGGUGCGGGAGAUUGGUGUGAUAGCGGCUCUGCCGAGAGUGGUUAUUCCUGGCAAGGCGUUUCUGUAUGGGUGGGAUGCGUUCCCAUGGGCUUUUCGUGUCCCCUCUGCGGCUCCGUACCAACGCUGCUUUGGUCUUUGUCAGUGUGAUGUCUGUGGUGGUCCCUCUGCCAAGGGGGGGGUCGGGGUGCGGAGCUCCAGAUGGGGUACGAAGGGUCAGAAAUACCCCCUUUGAUUCUGCCUUUGGCCUUGCUCUGCUCCCUCGGGUACUGCCUCCCUGAAGCUCAAGGUGCAAAGUGGAAGUUCUGUUCAUUUUUCCCCACUAAUCACAGAACUGUUACGGUUGGAAAAGACCUCAAGAGAUCAUUGAGUCCAUCCAAGGCCACGUCCCAGGAAAGAUGGAUCAGCUGCCUUGCAGGGCGCUGCAGGAGCUCGAGAUCCUGCCUAUCCAUGGGGGUAAGGCAGGAGAACUGCUUUGAUGCUUUGUGCUUGGGCAGGCUCAGAGCAGUCCCCACUUUGGCCAGUGCUCUGCUCAGCACCCGUUCCCUCGUGCUGCUCCAUGGGGACGCAGUGGCUCCAUGCACGCCAAUCCUCGUGCAGCAAAAAGCACCUCUCCAUUUACCUGGGGAGCAGCACGCAUUGCAGAGCGCGUAUCACCCCGCUUUCCUUCCCACAUCACACUGGAUCCUGGGAAACACCUCAGUUGCCCUUUGUUCCCCUCCAGGCAGGACCACGUGCAGCCCACGGCCUCGGGAGCUCAGCAGGAGCAGCGCUGUGGGUUCUGUGGGGCUCAGGAGGAGCCCGAAGGCCCCGUUUCCCACUGCAGCACCGUCGUGUUUCUGUGCUCUCGGGACAGGGCGCCCGUUUCGGUUCAGCCCGCGCUGUCUGGCGUUAAUGAGUGGUUGCUCAUUGCUGUUGAACAAUGACAUGUUGUGGAACUUCAGCCCAGUCGUCUAUUAAAAAUAAUGUGUAUUUCCACGCGUA